UUCCCAGGCUGCACGCCUCGCUGGCUCGUAACGUGAGACACGGGGGAAACAACAGGGAAAUAUUUCAUCCACACCGACUCUUUUUAAACAAAUAUUUUAGCUAUGCGCUGAUGUUUCUCAUCCCCAGCAGACGGACCGCUGUAAUGAUGCAUUCUUCUUCGCGAUUAAUUUAAUGACUCUCUAAUCAUGUAACAUCAGACUGCCCAUUGUGGCCCAUGGCACACGCACACCACGGGAGAAGUUUGCCCACAAUUUCUGUCGCACGGAUGGCUGUGUGGAUUGUACCUGCUCAUAGUGCUCCCUUUGUGCCGCGGUGCAUGCUGGGUGCCGCGCAGCACCUGUUCACGGAGAGACACGGAGAGUGAUUGCUCGCAGCGCCAGACCCGCUCAGGUCGGGUUUCUCCGGGAUCUCACUACGUCUCCGGGCUGAUUUCUCUGCCCGAGGUAUUGUUCUGUAUCGCUGCAUCGGAGCCAUAAGAUAGCGGGCCAUGAGGACUUUUCCCAAAAACAGGAGCUGCGAAGUUUACAGCGUCUUUGGUUUAGGAGCCUGCGCCCCCGCCGGUGCACCUGCACAGGACUUUGUGACAAAGCCCAUCCAGACGUCAAGCCCAUCUAGCAAAGAGUCUGACAUCAAGAGCCCGGUGGGCAAGAGAGCGGAUUGCGGGGCAUGGAGUAAGUGGGCGCUGAGAGCCUCCCCCCUCCUCCCUCUCUCGGCUGCCAUUGCACUGACUCUCCAUUUCCUUGCAUCCUCUCCAUCGCCCUCAGUGUUCUACCUUGGAGGAAGCAUCGAGUUCUCCAACCUCAGUUUCUCUCCAGACCUGGCAGACCCGUCGUCUACACAGUUCCGCCUCCAGUCUCAGGCGCUAAGCCAUUACUUCUCAGAGUUGUAUGAUUCUUCACCUUGGAGCUCGUAUUACCAGCACUCAGGAAUUAUUGCAUUUAGUGAAGGAGUGGAAGGUCUUUGUGUGUACUACUGGAGUAAAUUCUCUGCUCCUCCCGCUAUUGCUGAGGAACUCCGGAGAGUGAAUCCGACCCGACUGCAGCGUCGUCUACCUGGAACCAACAAGGUUCUUUUUAGCAAGAAUGAGGAACGCUACUACAUGGAGAGGGAUGAGGACACACUGCGUCUGCUGGGUUUGAAUCCAGAUGACGGUGGUGAUGCCGAGGAUGAUGACGAUGAAGAUUCUGAUGACAAAGCGGAAAAAUUAAAGAACCCAAACUCUUUACAGAGUGGCAAGUGGCAGUUGGGGCUGCAGGCCAUGUCUUUUGACCUGUACGCUAAGUACGGGAACAAUCGCACGCUCAGUCUUGUCAGUCCGAAGAAGCCGUAUUACCAGUGGAGGCUGCGGGUGCCGUCCGGCCACGUCGUGCGACUGGUCAUUCUCACACUUCAAGGGGCAACACCAGGAAGCUGCUCUGCCAACAAAUUGUCUGCUUAUGAUUUUCUACUGCCGCUUCAGAACAAGAUCAUUGCUAGAUGGUGUGGUCUUCCAAUAUCAGGAACGUCCCCUGUAAUGAAACUGACAUCUUCUGGGAACGUCAUGCUUGUCACAUUUUCAUUCAGUCGUCAGAGGCAAGGAGCCAUCUUCAAAGCUUAUUUCCAGGCUAUACCCAAAACCGAGUGUGGUGGUUUCCUCACUGCGUGGAACGGCACAGUGACGUCCCCUUACUACCCCGCCUACUACCCUCCAAAUGUGGACUGUAACUGGAAAAUCAGGGCUCCGUUGCCGGGAUACCUUCUCUCCGUGACCAUUGUGAUGCUAGACAUUCAGGAUUCACCAGCCUCGAGCACCUGCGAAAAAGAUUGGCUGGAAAUAGGUGGCGUCAAGCUCUGUAACCCAGUUGGGGACAACAGCAGAAAGAGGAUCUAUUCUUCACCCGUCCUGCUGCACUUUCACUCGGAUGAGUCUUUGACACAUAAAGGUUUUUACCUGAUCUACAGAGCCUUCUCUCCUGAAAGUGCAUGUCCGAGGCAGUUCCGCUGUGGAGAUGGCAAGUGCAUUCCUCUGAGGAAAGUGUGUGAUGGAGAAAAAGACUGUUCUGAUGGACGAGAUGAGGCUAAAUGCAACACGUGUAAACCAGGGGAAGUUUAUUGUAACGGUCAGUGCAGACCACACAACCAGUGUAACACGGCAUGCGGUGACAGCAGUGAAGAGACUAACUGUGGAGGUAAAUGCUACCAUAUGUGCCCAAACAAAAUCUGCCUCCCCAAAGCAUCGGUGUGUGAUGGGAUUGUGGACUGCAAAGAUCGCAGCGAUGAACUCAACUGCACAAGAGCAUUUUCAAAAGGAUGCUCUCCCUCCUCCUACAAAUGUGCCAGUGGAAAGUGCUUGAGUAAGAUCAAUCCGGAGUGUGACGGCAUCAAAGACUGCAAAGAUGGUUCGGAUGAGUUGCGCUGUGGUUGUGGCACAAGGCCCAGGAAGAGGGCAAAGAUUGUGGGUGGAACAGAUGCCCAGACAGGCUCGUGGCCGUGGCAGGUCAGCCUUCAAAUGGAGCGCUAUGGUCAUGUUUGUGGGGCAUCUUUGGUGGCCAGCCGCUGGCUCGUCUCUGCAGCUCACUGCUUUCAGGACUCAGAUGCAAUCAAAUAUUCUGAUGCGCGGUCAUGGAGGGCCUACAUGGGUAUGCGAGUAAUGAACUCGGUCAGCAACGCAGCAGCCACCAGACAAAUUCGGCGUAUUGUCUUGCAUUCGCAAUACGACCAAUUCACAUCCGACUAUGACAUCGCCCUACUAGAACUAAGCGCCCCUGUUUUUUUCAAUGAGUUGGUACAGCCCGUCUGCGUUCCUGCCGCCUCUCACGCCUUCACCUCUGGAACCAGCUGCUUUGUCACUGGAUGGGGGGUUCUGACAGAAGAAGGCGAACUGGCCACGUUGUUGCAGGAGGCCACCGUUAACAUCAUCAGUCACAACACUUGCAAUAAAAUGUAUGACGAUGCGGUCACUCCCAGAAUGCUUUGCGCCGGAAACAUUCAGGGAGGAGUGGAUGCUUGUCAGGGAGACUCUGGGGGACCUUUAGUGUGUCUGGAACGUGGCCGAAGGUGGUUUCUAGCAGGCAUUGUGAGUUGGGGUGAGGGCUGCGCUCGACAAAACCGGCCCGGAGUUUACACACGUGUCAUAAAGUUCACAGACUGGAUUCACCAGCAGACGAAAGGCCAGGUGUGAGGCACGCUUGCAUACGCACACAUAUAUUUACACCAGAGAACGGGUGAUUUGCCCACGAUCGAGGUGCUGCGGCCCAGCUUUCGUGGUGCCCAGACACACAGCAAACAUCAACACCUCUGCAUCGGAAGCAAUUUCCCACCAAUUCCUGUUGCUCAGCGUUUUAAACCUCCACCCACAGUCUGCCAGCAGCUUCACUCCCUUCUGUGAUUCUUUAUGCCCCAAACUCUUACAAACCACCCACAAACCAACUGUACUCUCUAAAGCCUCGACAGUGGACUACUAGUGUAGAGAUUAUAACAAGCAGGUUGAGGAGAUACACGUCUUUCAUUAUUUGCAGUGGAAUGAGUUCUCUUGGUAAGAUUUGUAUUAUUUGCAUACAGUGACUAUAUUAGUUUUCAUUCAUUUAUUCAUGGUAAUGGAAUCAUUUUGAUUUUUUUUCAUUGUUUAAGGAUGAUAUAAACCCUCAACUUCAUUGUCCAUUUCAAAUAUGUCCAACUGUGAAAUUGAUCGCAUGUCAGAAAUUAUGACCAACGUCAAUUUAGUCUUGUAUUAUUAUUAUUAUUAUUAUUAUUACCGUUUUAUAUGUUUUUAUAGGGAUUUUGUUUUAAUAAAUGAUCGUUGGCUCCUCUUCCAGUGGGAGAAAGCAAUGGCAGCCCCUAAGACACUCUCUCUCUACUGGUUUUGAUUUGACAUUACAUUACUCCUUUAGUUAUGCACACUUUAUGAUUUGUAUUCCUGACAACCGGAUGUAAAUGUCAAAACUGAGCAAAUGUUGAUACUUUAUAAUAGAUAUAUGAAAAUAGGACUAUAUUAAAAAGAGGUGCU